GCAGAACAAAAUAAUUUUGCAAACAGAAAAAAUCUGUUAUGUUUAAAAUGUCUCUAACAAUGUCCAUGUAUUAUUGUGAGUGAAAUAGCUGAUAGAUCUUUUCAUCAAUGUGAUAAAGUACUGAUAUGCAAUUUAUUUUUAGAUGACAGAAGCACAGAUAGCAGUGUGAUUUGCCAUCAGCAGGAAGCACUUGCGACACCCCUGUUACAUCACCCUAUGGACAACCUGCAGCACUGUGCUCAACCUGUGAAGGCUACAGACAGGCUUCAUUUCACACCUGCAACACCAUUUCACUUGGAGCUUAACUGUAGCAAGAGCUGUGAAUUUAAUGCAAGCCUUGCUUUGCAGCAAGGUCCAGUAGUGCAGCCAUCUUGUACAACGGACAAACCAUAUCAAUGUCCUGAGUGCAGUAAGUGUUUUACACACAAUUCUGAAAUGAGUCGUCAUAUGGCUAUUCACACAGGAGUAAAACCAUACAAGUGUACUGUAUGCAGUAAGUGUUUUACACAGAGUUCUCAUAUGAGAACCCAUAUGGCUACUCACACAGGAGCAAAACCAUACAAGUGUACUGAAUGCAGUAAGUGUUUUACACAGAGUUCUAUUUUGAGACUUCAUAUGGCUACUCACACAGGAGUAAAAUCAUACAAGUGUACUGAAUGCAGUAAGUGUUUUACAACAAGUACUCAUAUGAGAAGGCAUAUGGCUACUCACACAGGAGUAAAACCAUACAAGUGUACUGAAUGCAGUAAGUGUUUUACACACAAUUCUGAUAUGAGACGUCAUAUGGCUAUUCACACAGGAGCAAAACCAUACAAGUGUACUGAAUGCAGUAAGUGUUUUACACAGAGUUCUCAUAUGAGAAGGCAUAUGGCUAUUCACACAGGAGCAAAACCAUACAAGUGUACUGAAUGCAGUAAGUGUUUUACACAGAGUUCUAAUAUGAGAAGUCAUAUGGCUAUUCACACAGGAGUAAAACCAUACAAGUGCACUGUAUGCAGUAAGUGUUUUACACAGAGUUCUUAUGUGAGAAGUCAUAUAGCUAGUCACACAAGAGUAAAACCAUACAAGUGUACUGUAUGCAGUAAGUGUUUUACACAGAGUUCUCAGAUGAAAAGUCAUAUGGCUAUUCACACAGGAGCAAAACCAUACAAGUGUACUGAAUGCAGUAAGUGUUUUACACAGAGUUCUAAUAUGAGAAGUCAUAUGGCUAUUCACACAGGAGUAAAACCAUACAAGUGUACUGUAUGCAGUAAGUGUUUUACACAGAGUUCUCAGAUGAAAAGUCAUAUGGCUAUUCACACAGGAGCAAAACCAUACAAGUGUACUGAAUGCAGUAAGUGUUUUACAUGGAGUUCUCAGAUGAAAAGGCAUAUGGCUAUUCACACAGGAGCAAUCAUGGAAAUAUCGAAUAGAGAAAACUAUAAAUCAGCUAACACAAGAAGUAUCAUUGUUAGAAGAAUAUAG